AUGCAAACAGUCACAGAAGAAGUAGAUAAAGGUGGAAGUUUAUAUAAAAUAGAUUUAUUAAACUUUAAGAGUUAUGGUGAUAAGUACAGCAUAGGACCAUUUGAUAAUUUUACUUGUAUUAUUGGACCAAAUGGAUCUGGUAAGAGUAAUAUUCUUGAUGCUAUUACAUUUGCAUUAGGAAUUGAGAGUUCAAGCAUUAGAGUUUCAUCUGCAAGACAUGUAAUUAGUAAUGGAAAGAAUAAGACAGAGGUUAAAUUAGUUUUUAAGAAAAAUAAUGGAGAAUUUUUAGAAAUGUGUAGAGCUUUGGAUAUUUCUGGAAGAUCUGUAUAUUCAAUUGAUUCUCAAAUAGUUUCUCUUAAAAGGUAUAAUAAGAUCAUAGAAAGUUUUAAUAUUUUUCCCAAGAUAAAGAACUUUGUUAUUUAUCAAGGAAUGAUACUUAAUCCUGAGGUAAAUUUAGUUGGAAUAAUUGAAACUAUAUCUGGUUCUAUCAAUUACAAAGAAAUGUAUGAAAAUUUACAACAGAAUUUACAAGUGUGUAAUAAAGAAUUAUCACAAAAGUUAGAUUUUAAGAAGGACAUCAUGAAUGAUAUAAAAGAAAUGGAGAAUAUUAAGGAAAGAGAAUCAAAGUUUGUUGAAUUGAUGAAAGAAAAAGAAUUAUUAAAUAAAAGCUUAUAUUGUAUUGAAAUAAAUCAAAUAAUGGAAAAGAAUAAAGUUAUAGACUUUGAAUUAGGUACAUUAAGAAGUAAGUUGGAUCAAAUUACAAAGAAUGAGAAUUUUAUUAAUCAAAGAAUUGAAAUAAAAACUUUAAAGAAGGAGAUUUCGUUAAAACAAAAGGAAUUGUAUGAAUCUAAUGCAGAAAUAGAUUAUCAAAAAAAGUGUAAAUUAAAUUUUAAGGAAAAGCUAACUGAAAUUAAAAAGAAUGAAGAAGAAUUAAAAAGAUUACAAUUAGAACAGAAAUCGUUACCCUCAAAGAUUGUUUAUCCAACAGAAAUUGACUUCUUAUCUAACAAUGAAAACUUAAAGAAUUCAAAUAUGUUAGAACGUUAUUAUUCAAAAGUAAAGGAGGGUGAAAUAAAAGCACCAGAGGAACAUUUUGAAAAUCAAUUGGCCAUUCUUUUAAGUUAUUACACUGAACAAGUUGCUAAAGAUGAGAGACUUCUAUGUAAACUUACGGUUGAAGAUUUUGAUGUGAUAGCAAAAAGAAAUUUAAUGGAAAUUGAAUUUAAAAAAUUGAAUGCAAUAAAAAAUAACAUUAAGAAGGAGUAUCAAGGAAAAGUAGAUCGUAAUAAACAAAGAGAAUUAAAAAUUAAAGAAUUAGAAGUUAAAAUAAAACAAGUUAAUAUUCCUGAAAAUGAAAGUAUAAUAUUUCAAACAAUAGAAACUGAAUUAAAUCAAUUACAAGAAAGACUUACUAAAUUAACAAGAGAGUUACUUUUUUGCCAAGGAAGAAAACAAACAAAGAAGAAUAACAUAUUGAUUGCUAAUACAAUACAAACACUUAAAUCAUUAUUUCCAGGUGUGAUUGGUAAAGUAAGUGAUUUAAUAGAACCAACUCAAAAGAAGUAUGAUUUAGCCAUUAGUGCCUUAAUUCAUAAGUAUGAAUCAAGUGUUGUUGUUAAUGAUGUUGCUACCGCACUUAACUGUGUGCAGUAUCUCAAAAAUUCCAAGCUUUGUAAACUUUCCUUUUUAGUACUGGAAAAAAUCAAUAAGAAAAAUUAUUUUUCAGGAGUUGAGAAUUUUGUUACCUUAAAAGAAGAUUUAGGAGAAAAUUUUAUUAACUUUAUAUUUAGAAGAUCUAAUAUUGUUGAAACAGUGGAAGAGGCUAAAAGAAGUAUUUAUCAUUCUAAUGAAUAUUCAUCUAUUGCAACAUUAAAUGGUAUAUUGUUUCAAUCAUCUGGCUUAGUAACUGGUGGUAAUAUAAAUAAAUUUGAAGAAUCCCAAGUUGAACAAUUAAUUAAAGAAAGGAAAAGUAUAUUAACUAAAAUUAAAGAUAUUAGAAAUAGAAAAGAAGGUUAUAAGAAAGUAGAAAAUCAAGUCCUUGAAUGUAGAGAUAUGAAAUCAGAAAUAGAAAAGAUUAAAAGUGGGUUUGAAAAUUUGGAAGAAGUUAAAUUUGAAGAUGAAAAUAGACUUAAUGAAUUAAGAAAUGAAAUAUCACAAAUUAAUGAAAAGUUGAAAGUCUUUGAAAGGGAAAAACAAAGAACAAAGGAGUCUAUAAAAGCAAAAGAAAUGGAUAUUUUAGGAUCAAUUUUAAAUUCAGUUGGUUGUUAUUCUUUAGAAGAGUAUAGAAAUAAGAAAGAAAGUAUAAUUAGGAGAGGAAAUAUUGAAUUAGAAAUAGAAACAGAGAUAUCAGCUUUAAAGGGUAAUUUGAAUGAUAAUAGAAUAAUUGAUAUUGAUAUUGUAGGAUUAACUUCUGAAUUAGAUACUCUUAAAUUAAGAUUAAAAAAGAUUAAUAUUACUUUUUCGUCAAUGAAUUUAAGAAUGGAAGAGUUGAAUUCUAAAAUUUCUAAUUAUGAAAUACUUAAAACUAAACUUGAUGAAGAUUUGAAAGAAAAGUUAAAAUAUUGUUUUGUAGAAACAAACCUUAAAGAUGAAAAAGACAUUGAAGAGUUCUAUAAAACAAUAAAGAAUAAGAGUGUGGAUAUUUGUAAAAAGAAAUUAAUGGAAGUAACUAAAAUGCUUAUUUCAAAUGCACCUUCUAACGUAUCACAUGAUAAUUCAUUACAAGCUAAAUAUCUUAAAUUUACUAGAGAAUAUGAACAGUGUAAAGAAAGUGCAGUAUUAGCAAGAGAACAUUUUAAUGAGAUAAAAAAACAAAGAUUAUCAACCUUUAAAGAAGUCUUUGAAUUGUUACAAAAAGAGAUCAGUAAGGUUUAUAAGAAGUUAAGUUAUAAUGAAUUUAAUGAAGAAGAAAAUACCAGUGAAGUAGCGUAUGUAGUUGCAGAAGGUGAUCCAUUUACAAUUAAAAACUCAGUUAAAUUUUAUGUAAUGCCACCAGGAAAAGGUUUCAUUGAAUUUAAAGCCUUGUCGGGAGGAGAAAAGUCUAUGGCUUUACUUUCAUUUAUAUUCGCCCUUAAUAACAUAAAGAAACCAGCUUUCUACGUAUUUGAUGAAAUAGAUCAAGCAUUGGAUAGAGAAAAUGUAGAUAAACUUGCGUCUUAUUUAAUAGAAGAACAAAAAAGAUGUCAAUACAUCAUAAUUUCUCUAAAGUCUCAAUUAUUUGAACAUGCUAAUUCUCUAAUUGGUGUUUAUAAAGAUCCAAAUGAUAAUCAAAGUAAAAUUUUAACCUACCGACUUAAAACUCAUUAA